AUGCGUCGGGUGUUCGGGGCCUCGAGGUGGCGCUGCGCGAUAACGGCGGGAACCUCCACGGCGGGCGAACGCGGCCGCUCCCCCUCGCUCUCUCACUCCCCCGCCGCCGCCGCCACUGCCGUCUUCACGCAAUUCGCCCACAGAAGCCAGCGGCAGGAGGGACCGUCGCCAGGGCAGGCGAAGCGAGAACGGCAAGAAGGGAGGCACCAGCAAAAUCCACGUCAGGGCCAUCGUGGGGAGUGGAGAAACGCGGCAGCUCUCGGUCGCCAGCAUGGGCGUGUGCCGCGUCCGCGUGCGGUUGACACCGAGGCCGGAGGCGGUGCUGCCGGACGGCAGCGCAACGGGGCGGUGACACCCGAAACACGUUUGACUGAAAAUGUCUCGGCGGCGACCACCGGCCGCUUUUCGCAUCGUCAUGUCGCACUCACAGAAAGACCUUUGGAGCGUUGCACCGGUCAGGGCAUCACAGCUCUCGCCCAUCCACGAGGGAAGCAAAAGGAGGUGGACUCACGUAUGUCUUUGGCCGCGUUUGAGAAGCUGCUUAAAGUACAUGCCGCGAUGCGGAGCAACUACGAAUGUCUUCAGCAGAACCAUCAGGUUCUGGAGAGUUUUUCAGUGGUUUGUGCAGAGUCCCUGCUGCCAUUGGGGUUGGCGCUCUGUCGAAGAGGGGGCAUUGACGAAACUAACAAGAUGAGCAAUGACUCUGCGAUAAUAGUGAGGGUUAGCAGCAACGCGUCUACUGCCAAUGACGGAGACGUCUGCGCUCCUUUACUUCUGUUGUCAGCGGACACGCCGCUUUACGCGACGCCAAUCUGCUUUCCCCCACCACCCAUAGAGGCCCUCUUGCGCAUGCCAGAGUCGUCUGAACGCAGCAUGGACAAAGACAGCGGAGAGUUACUCUUGGAAGCAAUGGAAACGGUGGAUGGCACAGAGACCGAAGGAGUAGUUGCAGAUUCUGGCAAGUGUGUGAACAGUUGCACCAAUGACACGGAUUUCACUCUCCCAUGGGGGACUAUCACGCCUGGUUUGAAGAGUCUUUUUGCAUGUUUAAACAGCGUUCCUAUUGCUGACAUUGUACAGCUCACGGAAACAGUUGCAUACUUCAAAUGGGUAAAGGAUGCAGAGCUGAUGGAGUGGAAAGCAGGGUCUGUGGUGGAACGACUGCGUCUUGAGCUUUCUGCACUCUAUGCGGCUACAAGGAAGACGCAAAAUGCGGCGCCAACGCUCCAGGUUGUGGCUGAUGUAAAUGAGGCACAACUGACAGUUGAAGCGACGUCAAAAAUGUUACUGAAUCGUAUUCCUCGUAUCGAUUGCGUGGGGGCAGGGGUGGUGUCGUCUUGUGCACCAACAGAGCCUUGUGUGCAUGUCAUUGACCUCAUGUUAAAUGUUUUAAUGCGUGUGUGCCUGUGGAACUGGCCCCGUUUGUCAUGUGGAGAUCAGCUGUCUGUUAUGCUCCAAUUUACCUAUCCCUGGUUUUCCCGUGACCUCAGUAUGGAGGCCGCGUCAUGGAUGACGUACUUUCACUUGCGUGCCCUUUUGGCCAGAGAGGUGAGCAUGAAUUAUUACCAAAUAUAUUUGUACACGCAACGGAUCCGUCGUCUUUGCUGGCCGUCUGUGCUGGACAUGAAUUCCAACUUUGUCCGGAAGUUGCUUCUUCGCAGUGAGGUGCCAGACACAAUCGGUGACGCAAGCCAGGGCCAGAGUAACGGGAGGGAGGCACAACCUGAAGAGGUGCUGGUGGCCGCGGCAGAAACAAGCGCAAAAACGCUUCCCUCACUUAAAGAAGUUGCAUGUGUUUUGUACGGCUCAAAAGAGAAGCAGCGUGUGGCUUACGAGUGUUUGUUGAUAUGGCUGCAGCAAACCAAUUCUGCGAAUCUGCACCGUACUUCGCCGCAUGGUCGUUAUGUGAGUGCCACCGGUAUUGCCAUUGCGGAUGUUGAUCGCUUUGUGACUGAGCGAUUUGGCAGUGAGCUGGCAAGGGGCGAGUGGAUUUUGUUGCGCGUGUCGGAAGCAUGUCUCCCGGCUUUGAAGCGACUUACGCAAGGCGCCCAGACGCCAUAUGCUCUAACACGACUUUUCUUCUGCAGGUACCACAACGUCGUCCCACAUAUCUGGGGUGCCAUUAACGCGAAACGGAGGGAGUUGUUGUGGGGUGCGUGGCUCUGUGGUGUUGCCCGACCGCUGGUGGAGGCCACCCUCCGCGACUCCGAGAGCAGGGAAGGAACGGGAGAGAAGGGCGCGUUGCACUUUGUGGAGCCCUUAAUAGCCAGUCUAACCUCUGAUGUGGUGUUCCAGCGGUUUGUCACACGUCUAGUUAUUAUCUCCUUGAAAGAAGUGGGUGCGACGAGCACUACGCGGCCGUUGGAAGCAACGUGCACGCGGAUUAUCGAGGCGGUCUACACCAGCGCCUUUAUCCUUCACUGCAGCCGCCUAAGCCCAUCGGACGAUGGUGCGCGUCUGGAGGCUGCAUCCGGUGCGACCACAAAGGCAAACACGGCGGAAGGGAAGGCGGUGGCAGGACAAGCGUCAUCCGCGGCUGUUGCAAUCCGGGGCGCCUUCAAAGAGGCCAUCUCAGCUGUCGUGCAAGGACUGAGCGCGGAGGGGGCGCCGCUGGCACAUCGUCUACUUGACACGUUGUUUGAAUUUCGCCCUAGCGACACAGCUGGAGACGCCUUCCUGCUGAGUCUCCGAAGGGAAGUUCAGAAUAUCUGUGACGACGAAUCUCAUGAAAUGCUGCGCGAUUGGUUGGAUCGGCGAGCAGCUUUGCUCUUGGCGGAGCGGCCGCCGCUGGAUGAUCCACUGCUUUGCGGCUGGCAACGAUCCUCGCGGGAGGCAGACGCAGGUCUGUCAUCGACACCCCCCGACCUUAUGGAGUGCUGCCGAGAGCUGCUGCACUUGAUAGAAAAUCGGGGUCAUCCGCUCGUUAACGCCGAGCAGCAGCAGCAGCAGCAGCAGCAACAACAACAGCAGAAUUCCGUUGAAGAUGCUUCUUCGGCCGAUGGAACUGCCGCGCGUUCCUGUCAGGCAGUGUUCACUCUGCCUGAGCUGGAGGUGAUUCUGACGGUGCUUUCCCGAGCCAUGCUUUGCCGUCUCCCAGCACUGAAAACUCUGGCAGUGACGUCACUCUCAAAUGAAUUUUUGACCCUCACACCAUCGUUGAAGGGCGAAGGAGAGGACAUGAGGAACAGUGGCGGUAACACUAAAAGCAACAAUGAUGGUCGUAGCGGUAGUGUCGUCAGCAGGAAAAAUAUUGAAGGAAUAAAUGCUGCUGCUGCUGCUGCUACUGCCGGCACUAAUGCCAUUACUACUCCACCUACGGUGACUGCGGAUUCUAUUCUGCGUCUGGAGAAAAUCCUUUCAGCUGAGGUUGCGCGCAACGCAUGCGGAUUGCCGUGGAGCUCCCUCCUUGAAGCCGUUUUGUUGCAUCUUGCGCCGUACAGCAUAUUAGAUGAUGCAUACAACGCCUUCAGCAAUAACGAGGAAGCCGGCGCCACAACAGGCGAUGGUGCAGUACAAAAAUUGGAGGAGGACCUUCAGGUUUGCCGUCACCAUCGCUUUGUGUGUAGUGUUGUGCUCUUCCGGUGCUACUCCUUUGCGGCGCCGCACGAUGGAGGUUGGUCAGAUGCUGCCCUAACGCGGCAACCUCAUGUAACGGGGAAGAAUGUGAAGCACACGCUUUGCAGUGACGAUAUGGCCAUGUCACAUGGCCAAAGUGACCCGCUACACGAAAUAACGUGGAUGCUAUUAAAGUCAUUUGCACAGACGGCAGCGAGAAGUUCCAAAAAGAGGAAGAUGAGGAAGAAGCAGGCUGUGGCAGAGAAUGUGGCUGUUACGGAAAAGGUGGAAGGAGCUAUGCGGCGGGAGCAGUUGCAAGAUGUUCUUGCGUGUCAUGCCCUGGUGGCCUACAUAAAACUUGCACCCUCCUUCUCGACACGUUCUCUUUCUCGGCAGGAGGCAUACGAGCAUUUUUUGCAUUACGCCGAGCAGGCAGCUGUAAGCUUUGAUGGGGCCCAUUUCACGGGGUGUGAUACUUUGUUUUUGUGGUUGGCUGCAAGCGCCGACGCAUUGGGCGUUCACCUCUCCUCCGCACAGAGCUACACCUGGUCAGCAGUGGGACCUGCGACUUUAUUGGAACAAGUUGACCAGACACCACCCGUUUCACUAGAGGCGAAGACGAUGCGACUCAUCCGCGUCCUCGCACCGUACGUGCAGAGUGAGCUUCUUCGCCCUGUCCCACGACUGAAGUUGCUUGUCAACACGACUGUGGCCAUUGAGGCUUUUCGGAGGCUGGGUCUGCGAAUGGAGACGGGAGGUCUGAACCUGGACCAGCUGCUGCAGCGUGCUAGCUCAGAUCGCCGGCUGCUGCACCGCCACCUCAACCUCUUUCUUGUCGGCUGCUCCGCGUUGCCCAGCACACGACCCGCACUUUUAGGCGCCGCAGCGUUUCUUCGCGAGGCGCGUAACGUCCUUGCACCUGCGGAAAUAGAUAGGGCUCUUGUGGCAGUCGCCCUUUCUGCCGACGCCUUUGCAAAGAACCAUGAAGCUCAAGCCGAUCUUCAGCAGAAUGGUAAUCUUCUCGAUGUCACACACAGCACCGCUCCCACGCUGCGUGUGACGCCGACGCAGCUUAGACACGCCUGGAGUGCCUUGGCGCGGGGUGUGUUGGAGCGCGCGGAGGAGAUGCCGACCACCGUCUUUGUGAAGAGUGUGCAGUGCGCUGGCGCCGUGGCGUGCGUCGAUACACUUGUAUACCGACAGCUCCUUUCCUUCCUGGUGGAGUUUCGGCAGGAGGAACUCUCAUUAUUGGACUGGACUGUGAUUCUUCGCACAGCCCGUCAAUCCGUUGAUAAUAGAAGAGGCGUUGAGGAGUACUUACUGGGGCCAGUAAAAGCUUUUCUACAAACUAUGUCGAGGGAAGAUGGCGGGGCGCAGGUGUUGGGACGUCAGCGUGCCGCAUGGAGUGGGGAGCGAGUAGUGCAGGACCUUUCCCUCUUUGUGGAGGCGCUGCCUGAGUUGUUCACAGGUGAUGCGGCGUUUUGGGCGGUGGUGCGCCGCGCCCUCGGAGUUCAAUGGAUCACACACUUUAACGCCGCGAGUAGCAGUGAACAGCAGCAGCAGUCAACCUUGUGGUUGCAGGAGCUAACCAGGAGCUAUGAAUGGGCGGUGCGCACCGCUGGGCAUCAUGAAUUGAGUUCGAUUCCUAUUGUGUAG